GUUCCUAGAACUAGCUUUACAACGGCGUUUGUUGAUAAGUUUCAAACAUGUCUCAAGAACGUCAGCCAUUGCAAAAGGUAAAUUUGGAGGAAAUUGAUGAAGUCACAGGUUUUUUUGUAGCUGAGGAAUACGUCUGGAAGGCUUAUGAAAAAGGCUUCUUGACAGCGGGGGAUGAAGCUGAUGGCGAUGUUAAUGGUUGGGUAGAGCGUUUUUGUGCUGAGGCUGAGGAAAAUGGUACAACGUUUGAUCCGAAUUUUGUGAAGUCUGUUUGUACUCUUGGUAUCUAUGCAGGUCUUCGGGACGAAUUUUACCAACGCUCUGGUUGUGGCAGGUCAAUUUAUCCGAAUCGUGAUGAAUAUGAAGGUGAAUUUUUCCAGGGGAAAAAGCACGGAUCCGGACAUUACAUCUUUCUUAGCAAGGGAAAGAGUGAGAUUGAUAAAAUUGUCGAAUCUGAAAUUAAGACCAGAUACAAUGGUGAUCUCAAGAAGGCAGAUGAACUCGUUAUUAGGUCUAUCGCAGAGAAGUAUCAGAUCGGGGUCCAUGUAGUUGCCGGCGUGAUUGAAUAUGGGUUCUUCCCAUGCUACCACGGAGACUAUGUAGCGGGAAAGCGUAGUGGAUGUGGCAUAAUGAAGAAUAAGGACGCUACCAUCUAUAAGGGUGAAUUCUUAGAAAACAAGCGCGAAGGUCAAGGUGUUUUUUAUUACCUCAAUGGAGACAUUUACUCAGGAAACUGGAAGGGUGGACUAAAGCACGGCUACGGGACAUAUCACUUUGUCGGUGGAGGUGAAUAUCGAGGAGAGUGGAUAAGCAGUGUAUUUACGCAGGGUCAAUGGAUUCUACAAGAUGGAACAUACUACGAAGGUAAAUUCGACAAGCUGAACAGACCAUUCGAUUCUAAUGCAUCGAUGCAUUAUCCACGCAUAAAAUUGGCUCAAACUGGUACAUUUAAGCGCGGUUUAUGGGCACCUACCAGCCAGUUGCAGGUGUGUGAUGAAGUUCCCGUGGACGGCAUUGCAUGGGUUGAUUAAUACACUCCUCUCGUUCCCACAAGCUAUUUAUCUAUCUUUCUUAUGCACACACAAACACGCUGGUAUACGUAUGCAAGCAACAAACAAAAAAUGUAUUUCAAACACGAAUGGAUAUGCACAUAUGCUAUUAGUAGGCAUUACCAUGUAUAUAAAGUAAUAUGCAACAUGCUAAGUUUGCCUUAUUGUUGGAUAAAUGCAUCUUUUUUAAUGUUGUUGAAGA